AUGAAACUAUUACUCAUCUUUGCAUUUUUGGCUCUUAUUUAUAUAGCACAAUCGGCCCCAACGUCAUCAUCAACUGAUCGUUCACUUGUCCUACAAGAUUAUUAUAGUGAUGAUGAAAGUGAUUCGCUUGAGGAGAAGAUUAUCGAUGAAACAACAACUCAAAGUUCAACAAGACCUCCUAGGUCAUCAAUAAGUGCAAUAUCAUGGCUGGACCUAAGAACAUCAACAGUCACAACACCAAGAAAUGAUGAUGAAUAUGAUGAUCAAAAUGAAUUUGACGGUUAUCUUCGAAAUAUUCGUCAAUUUUUUAAAAAAGUUCUGGAAGAUCUUAGAAAAUUAUUGAAAAACAUCACUGGAUAUGAUAUUGUUCAAGCAAUAGAAAAAUACUUUAAAAGAAAAGCUAAUGAUUAA